UGUUAUACGUCCGCACAAUCAUUCGUUCUACUUGUUAUUGUUGCUGUUAUUUCAUCUCCAGAAUCUUUAAUGCCUUCUCUAGAUCUAUAACUUGCGUUUCGCUUCGAUCUUUUUGGUUCUGAUUGAUUGAUUAACUGACUCUACUCUGCUUUCUAGAUGCUGAAGAUCGAAUGAACUCAAAUGCUUCUGCAUCUGCUACUCAUCCAGAAGAUAUUCAGGACAAAGAUAAAACCUUUUUGAUAAGAGCAGUUGAAGAAGCUUACAAAGGUGUAGAUUGUGGAGAUGGAGAUCCAUUUGGUGCUGUCAUUGUGCGCAAUGGUGAAGUAGUUGUGAGCUGUCACAAUCUUGUUCACCAGCAAACCGACCCUACCGCUCAUGCAGAAGUUACGGCAAUUAGAGAGGCCUGCAAGAAGCUCAACAAAAUCGACCUUUCGGACUGUGAGAUUUUUGCUUCAUGUGAGCCAUGUGCGAUGUGCUUAGGCGCGAUCCAUAUUUCACGAAUCAAGAGACUAGUUUAUGGCGCCACGGGCGAAUUUGCCGCUGAGUUUGUAAGAUUGAAAUACAAUAUGAUGUGAUUUUGCGAGGAUUUGAUUCUUGGAUGCAUUAGCUUUUUAGUGUUUGUGUGUGUUUUUAUCUACAUGAAAUAUACCUGACAUUAUAUCAUUGUAUUUAUAUUUUGUAUUUAAACAGUGGUUGGAUGUUAUUUUGCAAGGAUUUGAUUCUUCUAUGAAUGAAUUAUUUUAGCGCU